AUGAAAAAAAUAUAUAAGGGAACCAAAACAGACGAAAUAUUUAAAGCACACAAAAAUAAAUAUCACCAUUUAAUAAGCAAAAAUCACAUCUACAAUAAUAUUUAUUUGAACCUGGAGGUGUACGAAAAAUGGAGAAAUUUAAACAUAGAUAAGGAUGAAAACGCUCAUUGGAAUGAGAAGUCUUUAAGUAUGAUAUUAAAUGUAGAUUCCAAUUUAAAGGACAAAGAAGUCAAACAAUUGCUAAGGAGAGGCGUAUCAGACUCACUUAAGCAUCUAAUAUGGAUAAGGUCAAAUGACGUAAACUACUUCAUAAUAAACUUUCCACACUUUUACGAGACUACUAUUUACAAUACAUUUGGUGAAAAGGUUCCAUCUAAUUUAUCAAACGACUGCCCAACAUUUUGUGGAGGAAUAUUGGGAUUUCAAGAAGACAUAAUGUGUGUACAAACGAAAAUAGAAGAAUUAGAAAUUGAACAUAAUGAUGAUUGUAGCCAUUUUAAUAUUAAUGAUUCUACUAGUAAUAUAUUACAACUAUUAUUUAAUAGUCCAAAUGAUAAUGAGAAAAAGAAAGAUAAAUAUUUAUUACCUGAACAUAAUUUUUGGAUUGAACCCAAAACUUUAAGUACACCAAAUUUUGGGUUCAUGAAUAAAAAAAAGAAAAAAAAAUUUCUAAAUAUAGAAAAUGUAAAGAAUAAACUUUUAAGAAACAAAAGAAUAGAUAAUUAUUUGAGAGUUGCAUCCGAUUCUGUUUUACCCUAUUCUAAUAAUUUCAUCCUGAAGAAUAUUUCAAGUAAAUUAGCCAAAUACAAAACUGAUAGACCAAAUAAUGGGAGUGCAUCUAAAAAAAUUAAUACAAAUACCAAUGCAAAUAUAACUACUUAUGAUAAAACCACUAGAAAGGACAACAAUAUAGGUAUUAGAGAGGCUAGUAGACAAUUUAAUAACCAGAAGGAAGAAAAUAUUGGUGAUACGAACGAUAGUAAUAUUCACAAAGAUAAUAAUUUCAAACAUUCCAACUGUAGUGAUAAUGAAAAAAAUAUACUAAUAAAAGAUGAUAUUAUUAUUUUUCAUAAUGGGUCGGACGAUACGAGUAACGGGGGAUCCGAUGUAAAGCAUAAUACGCAGCGAAGGGACGAAAAUGAUAUUAAUAUUAAUAGCAAUAGCAGUAAUAAUAUUGUUAAUAAGAAUGAUUACAAUAGCAACAGCAGUAUUAUUACUGUUAAUAGGAAUUAUUACACUAUUCACAGGAAUGAUUGUAAUACAGGAUGUAACAACAGCGGUAUUAAUAAUAAUAACUGCUAUCAGGAUAAUCAAAUUUCAAACAUCUCAUUGUCAAAUGAUUUACCCGACUCAAACAAGUACCUACACAUACAGUGUUACAUGACUGAACAAUAUAUAAUAAGCAAAAAGCAAGCAGAAAAAAUGAAUAAAGCUAAGUUAUAUUUAAGAACAACGAGAAAGAAACAAAGGGAAAGAGAGGAAGGAUAUAAGAUUAAGUCCAAAAGUUACCAUGAUACCAAUAAAAGUGUAAGUGCACAAAACUCAGAUAAUUCCAUGUCAACUUAUUAUAAUGAGAAAAUGUUUAAUAACGAAAUAAAUUAUGAUUACUCUUUGUCAAAAUUUUCUAGUUAUCAUCGUACUAAAAGUUUUUUUAAAAAAGCUUUUAGUGCUAAAUAUUCAAAUAAGAAAAACGACAGGAAAUUGUCGGAUCAUAUUUCUUAUGUACUGAAGAAGAGUCUAUGUAAGGACAGAAAGGGGAAAAAAAAUGUUAUAUCUAAUAGGAGGAACGUAAAAUGUUCUAAGUUUGACAAAGGGAUAGAAUUUUACUCGAGCGAAGAAGAGGUGAACAAGUACAAGAAGAAGAAGAAGAAAAAGAUGAAGAAUGAAUGGAGUUGUGAAGAGAAGAAUGAAGGGAGUUGUGAAGAGAAGAAUGAAUUGAAGUAUGGAGUGAAAAAUGAAUUGAAGUAUGGAGUGAAAAAUGAGAUAGGAAGAGAAGACAAUUCUAGUGCUAAUACACACCGUCUAAAACGUAGUAAAAGUUUCAAAAGAAAUAUAAGCUCCAAAAUUGAGGUAGAUGAAGAACAGUCACGUGAAUGCAAUCGAAGUGUAUAUUCCUCUGGCAGUGACCAUAAUGAUAAAAGAGAAGACUCCAUAAUAAAGCUUAGUCAUUUUAACUCAAAAGAAUCAGAAAGAUAUGGAGGAAGCUCCUUUGAUUAUCAUGAAAAAGAAAUGUAUGAUCUUCGGAGUUAUGAAAAACGUAGCAGUAAAAAAUCCAUUUUUGGUAAAUUAAAAAAUAUAUUUUAUAAAAAAAAAAAAUCGCUAGAUAAUGAAGAAGUAGGAACAAUAAAAUGUGCAAACUGUAAACAAGGUAGAAAUUAUAUUAAAAAAAAAAAUUCUAGUCAAGAAAAAAAGAACAGUCCUGAUACUACUACUACUACUACUACAGUUGAUCAAGUGAAUGAUAUAAAUAGAGAUGGAGGUAUAAAUGAUAUGAAAAAAAAUGUAAACUACUCAAAUGAUUAUAAAAAAGCACAAAACUGUAACCCUUAUUUUAAGGAUGAAAAAAGGGAGAUUAACCGAACCAACAAAUUCUCUAAUCAUCUAAGGGAUACAAGGGAAGGGAAACCGUAUAUUACUUCUAAAUCGUUAGGAGCUGAAACCAUUUUUGGUGAAGCUACCAAUGUUAAUAAAAUGUAUGAUUACAGUUGUAUCAGCCUUAACAACACAUCUGUUAUGAUAGAUAAGAAUCAUCCUAGUAACAAGAACACAGAUAAUGAAUAUAAUAAUAAAUAUAAUAUUAUUAUUAGCAAUCAUGAAAAUAAGGUAAAAUGCCGUAUAGACAACGCAUUAUUACAUGACGAUAUAUGUAGAAAUAAAAUUAAUUACCAAACAAAUAUUGGAGAGGGAAGUAGUGAUGAUUUAAAAGGGAAGAAUAGUAAAAGCUUUUUAUCAAAAUUUGGAAAAAGUAGUCAGGUAAAAUCAUAUGAUAAAACAUCUAUAAUGAAACCAGAGCAAAAAGAAAGUAAUGAUAGUGAUAUUGACGACUCUCCAUUUCAUACAUGCAAUAAAAGUAAUUCAUUUAAUGAACGAGAUGAGGACGCAUAUUUCGACGUAAAUGAAGAGGUAGGAAGGUAUCUCUCUGCUGAUUUGAGGUGUAAACCUGAUGAGGAUGAAGGCAUAGAAAUAAUAGAAAAAGAAGACCAUAGUAAUGCACCCGAUUCUUAUCCAUUUGAUGACUUGUCAUAUAAAAAUGAUUUAGAAGACUUCAAACUGCCGUCUAGUCAUCCGUUAAAUAAUAAUGACAAUAAUAAAAAGAACAAAAUGAAAAAAAUAAAUUUUAAAGAUGAAUUUAAGGAAUAUAAAGAUACAAGUAAUAUGACAAGUAAAGAAAAUAAAGAACUAGGUGAAAAUGGUUUGAUGCUGGGUAACUUUAAAGGAAAGAAAGGCAAUUUGGUGUAUCAAUACUACAAGGAGGAUUCAUGGGAGGAAGAGGAGGACAAGUCGAGGGACAGUUCAAGGAAGGGCUCGGUAUAUAAAGAAAAAGUUGUGGAAGAAAUUCAUGCUGAAGAUAAGCAUAGGAGAGGAACGAAGAUGAGGCAAGAGGAAGAUGAAGAAGAGAUAGAAGUGGAAAAAGAUGCAGAAAAAGUAUACCUAAUAGAAUCCAAAAGUGAUUACACGGAAAGAGGAGAAAGGGAACGAACUGAAGAAGCAAGUGACACGGGAAAUACGGAAGAGGCACAGGGAGAAGGGAAUAGGAAAAUAAAAAAAGGGGGAACUAAGUAUACCAAUCAAGAGAAUGCAAAUUUUGAAAAGGAAUUGUACAAUAAGUUUUAUGAAAAAAAUAGUCAGCAUUGUAGUGCUUACCCGAAUGUGUAUAAUUUAGAUGAUGCAACAGAAUUAACAGCAUUACUAAAUGAUAACGGAAAACAUGAGAUAAAGAAAUUACUAUGGGCUAUAAAUAAUAAUUUUGGAAAUGAUAUAGAAUUUGCUCCGAUAAUUCCAAAUUUGUGCAUAAUUUUGCUUAUUUAUUUUAAGGCUUCCGUUGUAUAUUGUAUUAUUCAUUGUUUAAUAAAAAAGGGUAUAGAUAGUAUAAAAAAUAAAGAAUUACCAUUUUUUAUAUAUAAAAGAAAAGAUUUUGUAAAGUAUGUAAAAUAUAUAUUAAAUACCUUUAUCCAGUUUUUACCCAAGUGUUAUCAUUAUUUGAGAAAAUUGAAUUUUGACUUAGCUGCAUGGACAGCUAGAUGUAUUCAAGACGGUUUUUCAAGAAUGUUACCAUUUGAUUUUGUGUUAAGAAUAUAUGGUACCUUUUUAUUUGAGGGUCAGAAAACAUUAUGUUUAUAUUGUUUAGCUUUAUUAAAAUUUCUUGAAAAUGAUAUAUUAAAAUGUUCAAAUAUUGAAGAAGUAGAAAAUAUAUUAUAUCAUAUAUGUAUGCAUCCUUAUUUAAAUAUAAAUGAACUAACACAAAUAGCGUAUAGAUUUAAAUUAAAAAGUAAAGAAAAACAUAUGAAAUUUUCGACAAAAUGUCCAUCACCUUACUUAAUGAAUGUAAAAAUUAAAACAUUCUAUAGACCUAGAUUAAAUGAUAAUUCUCGUUUAAUUAGUUCGUUUCAUUGGGAAAAUAUAUGGGAAAGAAUUCCUAGUAAUAAUAGGAGCUUAGAUCCUAUCUUAACUUUUUGUACAAAAAAAGAUGGAUAUAAUUUACAGAUAUUAUUAGAAAAAACAGAAAAAAAUAAAAAAAAACCGAUGAUUUUAAUUCUACAUACUUUUGAUUAUGACUUGAUAGGUUUUUUUUGUCCCUUUUCUUUUAAUAGAGAUUAUAAUUUUGUUAAUACCUCCGAUAAAAGUUCUGCUUUUCUUUGUACCUUUAAUUCAGCUUUUAAAUUUUAUAGAUGGUCAGGAAAAAAUAACACAUUAGUACUUAUAAGGGAUGGCAUAUAUAUAGGCGGAAAUGAUAUAGCCUUAUAUAUUGAUAAGGAUAUUAAGGUCGGAAAAACACACUUUUCUGAGUCCUUCUUAUCACCUCCCCUAAUAUCAAAUGGUCAUGACUUUCACAUAAUGGACAUCGAAAUAUGGAACCUAAAGUAG